AUGGGAGGUCUGAGGCCCUGGGCCAGAUAUGCUCUCCUGCUUGUAGGUCACCUGCUGGCCUUGAGUCUGGGGGCAGCUGUGCUCCAAGCCCUGGAGCGCCUUCCAGCACACAAGCUCCAAGCUAAGCUCAGAGCUGAAGUGGCUGCUUUCCAAGCCGAGUAUGGGGCCUGCCUGCCACCCAGAGCCCUGGAAGGGCUGCUGGGCACCGCCCUGGCAGCCCAGGCCCAAGGGGUCUCCAGCCUGGGAAACAGCUCGGAGGCCAGGAAGUGGGACCUGCCCUCAGCCCUGCUCUUCACAGCCGGAAUCCUCACCACCACGGGUUACGGCAGCACGGUCCCACUGUCGUGGGGUGGCAAGGUCUUCUGUAUGGUUUAUGCCACCCUGGGAUUGCCAGCCUCGCUAGCCCUUGUGGCAGUUCUGCGCCACUACCUGCUGCCUUCACUCAGUCGCCCAGUGGCUUGGGCAGCGGCUAUCUGGCAGUGGACACCAGCACGAGCUGCGCUGCUACAAGCUGCUGGGCUGGGCCUGCUGGUAGGUGGCGUCUUCAUGCUGUUGCCAGCGCUGGUGCUAUGGCGGCUACAGGGCGACGGCAGCCUGAUGGGGGCGAUCUACUUCUGCUUCGACUCGCUCAGCACCGUGGGCUUUGGGGAACUGCUGCCGGGCCAUGGCCGCGGCCUGCAUCCAGCAAUCUACCAUCUCGGUCAGCUAGCUCUUCUAGGUUAUAUGCUCCUGGGGCUACUGGCCAUGCUACUGGCUGUGGAGACCUUCGUGGAGCUCCCACAAGUCCGUGCCAUCGUGAGGUUCUUUGAGCCCAGUGGCCCUUUGAUUGCUGAGGACCAAGGUGGCAUCAUAGGGCAGGAUGAACUGGCUCUGCACACCGUACCUCCCGUGGCUCCGGCCCCAGAGCAAGCUCAGGCUUGCUGA